AUGUUGGAUUGUUCAAUUUGUCGAUUUUCAAUGGUGAGUUUGAUAUACAUUUCGAAGGUUUUUCUGGAGUUGUUCGAUUCCUGUGGUGUUUUGAGAACUUUAUUCGCGCAUAUCCCAUUUGAAUUCAAAUUUCAAUGGGUUUUGAGGUGCAAUUAUUAAGCAUUUGAGCAUUUCCAGCAAAAAUUCAACUCAAAAUUCUCCAAAUCUCCUCUUGAAUCAGCUCGUGGAUUGAAACUUGAUGAACGAGUUGCCGCAAUGAUGAUGCUCCGAUUUUCGCCACUUGAGCAAAUUCUAUCGGAUAUCUAUCCGAGAUUAUAUCGAUUGAAUGAUUUGGCGGUGAGUUUUUUUGAGGGUUUUGAUGAUAUGCACAAUUUUCAGCGCAAAAUUUCAGUCAGGAGUAUUUUUUCCAGUCUUUUUUGCAAACUUAUCUGAAACUCUUCCAUUUUUCAGCUACCAACAUGUUGUGAUGAAUCGAGUUGGCCACGCCCACAUUUUUGUAGCAAGUAUUUGGUGGAAAUUAUCAAGAGAUUCAUGAGAAUUCGUUGAUUGAAAGAGACAAUGAUGUAUCGAGACGAGUAGUUGCAUUCUUCAAAUAUGUCUCACUUUUACGAUUCUAUCUUGGGCCCAUUCUUAUUAUUAAGUACGUUUUUUCGGGCAAAAAUCACGAUUUUGAAAAAUAUCUGAGUUUGAUUACUUCACAGGUCCGAAAACAGAAAAUUUACUCAUAUUAAAAUCGACUAAAAAAGAAAUUUUGGGUUUUUCAAAUUUUUCUUUUUGAUAUUUUUUGAAACGUAUUUUUUUCGAGGUUUUGAAAGUUGGGAGAAAAAGAAAAAUGAAGCUUCUAUAGCAAAAAAAUCAGCUCAAAAUUUCACCCUAAAACCUUCCAAAAAAGCACGACCUCUAGAUUUUCAAGGUCAUUUUGUAGCUCUUGCAAAAUGAGCCUGAACUUGAAUUUUAGAAAAGUUUGAUUUUGGCUCAAAUCUGGAUUUUUGAUUAGAAAAUGAGCUUCGAAUCAAAAUUGAGAUGAAAAUUUUCAAUCUAGUAGAAAUCGUCGGAUUUUCAGAGAAUAAUUUUAGUAUCCGAGUUUGAUAAUUCUCGAAUUUUUAAUUUCAGGUUAUUUUUUGGCUCUUGAAAUUAUCUGCAAAAUGAGUCUAAACUUGGUUUUUAGCUGAAAUUCGUAUUUUGAAAAAAAAAAAACUAGAAACUUUUUCAGAGAAAAUGACGAGAAAAUCCCAGAAACAUCUUCAAAACUAAAUAAUCAGUUCAAAAUUUUGAAUUUCCCUCCCAAAACUUUCUAUUUUUGCAGAGAACAUGCUGCAAAUCGUGAAUUAUUUGUUCGUCGACUUGUUGAUGAUCGAACCGAAUCAACUCAUUCUUAUAACGAAUUUUUGCUACAUUUAAAUUGA